UGCCCUGACCUUUGUAUAUAUAACAUCAAGCCUACAAUCGUUAUGCUUAUGCACACAUCAGUCUUGCGCAGUCGCGCGAGAUUUGAUAAGACAUUAGUGUUAUCGCUUAAAGGUAUAAGUUUACGACUUAAUGUCGUCAACUUAUAAAUAUCGAAUGAUGAUGACUGAGUUCCCUAGUGUUCUCGAAUAAUACGAUUCCAGCGGAUAUAAAUUACAAUACAAUGGAAUAUUUAAGUUUUAAUCUAUCGAGCAAGUCGCUUACUUUAAAAAAACGAGAUAUUCUUCCAAAACCAGGGGGAAACGAAGUCCGAAUUAAAGUUGCAUAUUCUGGCAUUUGUGGGACGGAUCUCCAUAUUUUAGAGAAAAUAUAUAGUUUUAUGAAUCGCAAUAAAUAUGCGAAUUAUCAUUUUUGUAAGCGCGGUGGUCUAAAUAGCACUAUAGGAAUUUACAGAGAUGGAGGAUGGGCUACGCACGCGCUUGUCCCAGAAACGCAGGUAUAUUUAAUCCCAGAUGAAAUUGAAAUGCGCCAAGCUGCGCUAACCGAGCCAUUGUCGUGCAUGGCUCAUGGGUGGGACAAAAUCAAUCCUGUAAAUAUAGGAAGCAAGGUUCUCGUAAUAGGCGCCGGUAUUAUAGGCUUAUUAUGGGCUUGUCUACUUCAUUUACACGGCCUCAGAAAGACUGUCACUAUCAGUGAGCCGCAACAGAAGCGAAAAGAUAUUGCCUCUAAUCUGGGUCUCGAUUAUAAAAUUAAAAAUCCGACCGAAUUAAAAGAGGAGUAUGACUUAGCUGUGGAUUGUAGCGGUUAUGCUCCAGCUAUGGAAUCGGCUGUGUCUUUGUUGGGUCAAGGUGGUCGCUUAUGCGUUUUCGGCGUCGCUAACUCAAAAGCAAAAAUAUCGAUUGAACCAUUUCAGGUUUACAAAAAGGAAUUAAACAUCAUAGGCGUGAAUAUAAAUCCCUAUUGUUUUCUUAAAGGAAUAGCUUUGGUACAGUCAAUGUCUGAAAAAUAUCUUGAUUACAAUAAAUUAGGAAUCAAAGUAUUUUCCUUGAGCCAAUAUAAAGAAGCUCUCGACACGUUAAAGAAGGGAGAUAUAAGCAAGGCCGUUUUCAAGUUAUAAAAUAGAGGUUCCUUUAUACAUAAAAAGAAUAAGAAAUAUCUUAUUUAUAAAAUUUUAUUGCUUAUUUCAUACAUAAAUUUAGCUAAAUAUGUAGACGCACGAAAUUUUAAGUAAUAAAAUGCAAUAUCGUAGUACAAACGGUAUCUGUAUAAAAUCUUGCUACUGACAUUAUAUAGUUGUAAUACAUUUGAUAUUCACAAUUGUUCACAAUGUGUAUAUUGUGAAUGUUAGAAUUAUUAUAAAUAUUAUGAGUAUCAUGGCGUCAAAUUGAAUACAAUAUUAGCAAGUAUAAAAUUGAAAACUUGUAAAGAGCAUAUAAAAA